AUGUCUUUAUCAAAAUACCGGUACACAUCAACAACCGAAACGACUAACCUAGCAAGACUAGCACGACUAAUUUUGGGGCCCUGUACAGAUGCACUUCGUGACGUUCUUAAGAAAGAGAUUUCUCCAGGAGAUUUGUCAAAGGAAUGUAAGAAGUGGUUUGAUGAUCCUGCAAAUCACACGGCACGUAAUCGUUUCAAUAAACAAUAUAUGGAUCUUAUAUUUCCUUUGCCAGCAAAACAAUAUGGUGGCAAUUACUCAGAUUUUGACAUUAGCCUCUUAUACCAACUACUUCGUAACAUAUCUAAAAUGCCACCGCACACAAAAGGAUGGGGGAAAGAUCCAGACCCGGGGGACAGAAGUGUGUCUGCGAACAUUGAAAGAGUUCGUGUCUUAAGAAACAAAUAUUAUGGGCACAUCAAUGAAUUUUCCAUCACUGACUCAGAAUUUAGACAGGAAUGGCGAAACAUCCAUGAUAUUGUUGUAGAGUUAGAGAUGACAUUCGGGACAACUACAGCUUACCAGGAUGCAGUGAAAGAGAUAAAGACAUGUUCCAUGGAUCCAGAAAAUGAAACGAAAUAUAUCCAGAAAUUAACAGUUAUCGAUGAAUUAUUUGAAAAAAUUGAAAGUCUUACAGAAUUACAUGAAAAAUAUUACAUUUCAAAAUGGAAGGAAGAGGAUAAAGUGUUUCAUGAAAUACACAGCUUUCCUUCAAUCCUUGAAAAGGUAAAAAAUAAGCCGUGUGUAGUGUUUGUCGGUGGUCCUGGAUCUGGAAAAUCUGCAAUAGCUCAACAUAUUGCACUUCUGCUCCUAAAAGAAGGAUACGAGAUUGUGCCAAUUAAAGAUAUUGACAAAAUAGAAGAAUAUUGUGACUUACGGAAUCGACAGGUAUUUCUACUUGAUGACGUGGUAGGUGUUUUGGGGGUACAGGAGGCAAAAAUUAAUCUUUUGUCCGAUUUAGAAAGUAUGAUAUUAGAACCUAAAGUGCCAGACUCCAAAAUACUCAUGACGUGUCGAGAAACAGUUUUUAGAAAAGCAAGGCAAACAAUUGGAUUUUUCUCUGACGAAAGCAACAUAGUAUUGCUUCAUAGUGUGGAGAAUGAAUUAAAUCAGGAGGAUAAAAUAUGUUUGAUGGAAGCUUAUAGAAUUGAUUCGAAAUUCCUGUCCACGGAUGACUUAGACACCGCUUCGAAAAUGUUUCCAUUACUUUGCAAACUGUUUUCUACCGAAAAAUUUGAAUCAUAUGGCUCUUCAUUUUUCAAAUGCCCAAUUCCUUGCGUUUUGGAGGAAUUUGACAAUAUGUAUAAACAAAACAAAAUCCAGUAUAUUUCAUUGGUGUUAUGCAUGAUGAAUGAAAACAAACUGUCGGAGGAAAUGUUAGAGAAUGCAGGACUAGAACCAUUUACUAAAAACCUUGUUGAAAUAAAAGAAAAUGCUUGCAAGAAGCUGAAAAUUAGCAGGAAAACUGAUAAUUUUGAGUUUGUAGAUGCAUUAUGUGACAUGGAGGGAACUUUCACAAAAUUGAAUGAUGGAGAGUAUAUUUUCAUUCAUGACGCCAUGCUAGAAAUACUUGCUUAUCAUUUAGGACUGCGUUUUCCAGAACUCAUAAUAAACUACAUGAAAAGCAGUUAUAUUUCAAAUUAUGUCAAACCUCAGAAGUGCAAAAUCAAACCAAAUGAUAGAGAAAGGAAUGAAAAUGAAAUCAAGGACAUGCGUGAGAGUCAGUUUUGUGCUGAUGAGAGCGAUAACAGCAGAAAACCAGUUGAUCUUUGUGUGUACUUAGACGAGGAGAAUUAUCCAUUACUAGCUGAACGUUUGUAUAGAGACAUCGAGGACAUGCAUUUGUAUGAUGAUACGCCUCUGACAGCUGCUUGUCAAGAAGGACAUGAAAAAAUCGUGAGAGAGCUGAUAAAAAAUGAGUCUGAUGUUAACUUAAUGCGUGAUUCAUAUCAUCUAUUCCCAAAACCUUCACAGUUAAACGUUGAUCGACUGGAUUUGGUUAAUCAACAUCUGAAUAUGGCACGUAUUGAUGUAAAUACAGUAUUGACACCACUUGUAGUUGCAUGUAGGGUCGGGCAUAUAGAUGUUGUAAAGGAGCUUUUACAGGCAGGUGCCGAUAUUAAUGCAUAUAGUGUAGGCGAGUCCCCAUUGAUAGCAGCUUGUAAAUGUGGAUAUGUGAGCAUUGUGCAUCACCUACUGGAAUCAGGGGCUGAAGUCAAUCCAAAACAUGAAGGGUAUAUUCCUUUUCAUACACCACUUACAGCUGCCUGUUAUCAUGGUCAUAUGAAUGUGGUCAAGAAAUUGCUUGAAGCAGGAGCUGAUGUAAAUCUACAUGGAAUCAACUAUUCAUCACUUUCUGCUGCGUGUGACAAUGGCCAUCUUGAUGUGGUAAAGGAACUGUGCAAACAUGGGGCUGAUAUUAAUCUGCAAAGUAAAUUUUAUUUGCACAUGACAUUUUCAAUGAAAUGCAGGCGUAAUGUGCGGUUUAACAGGAUAUGGCGAUCCAGAUCGCGAUGUCGCUGCUACAAAUGCUAUAUUCAAAAACACCACCAAAUUCGCAGGGAUAGCUUAUUAGCAGUUACAAACUUGAUGAAAUCGAAAGAUGAGAAAAAUCUGCAUUUCUAUUGCAUUCCUCUUAUCAUUGCUUCGGGGGAAUUACAGAAGUUAUAUACUAUUGUAAAUCCAGAUACAAUCUUAACACCAUUAACAACAGCAUGCCGAGGUGGGCACAUUGAUCUGGUAAAAUAUCUGUUAAAGAAUGGAGUGGAUGCUAAUUCACAGGACCAAAACGGUACUCCAUUGAUAGUUGCCUGUAGAGAAGGUCAUAUGAAUGUGGUGAUGGAAUUGAUAGAGCACGGAGCCAAUAUAAACCUAUAUGUGAAUAAUGAAACACCACUGAUAGCGGCAGUUAAAGGCAAUCAUAGCUGUAUUAUUAAGGAGCUUCUAAAAGCCGGAGCUCUCAGUUAA